AUUGGCUAAAAAAACAGACAUCACAAAUACUCGCAGUAUGAUGACAUCACUAAAAUAUACAGUUGCUAAACCAACCAACAUUGCAUUUUGAAGAAGAAAAUGAUGCACAAUUCUAAAAAAAAUUAAAAAUCAAAUUUUUUGUCGCGUCGAAAUUCGAUCCGAAUUUUGAUACUCCUCGAUCCACCCAGAAAUCCUUACUAGUAACUAAUUCACAACCACUCAACUUGAACAAUCUGACCCAGAAGGACUUGAUCGAUAGAAAUGUCGGAUUAUGAGGAUGACGAUGUUGACAUGGAGGAGGAAGAGGCCGUUCGACCCCCCAAAAUCUGCAAGUGUCCGCCAAGGGGAGGCGGCGGAGGGGGAGGAGGAGGACGUGGUAAAAAGGGGGCCAGCAAGAAAAGGAAGGGCGUCAAAGCUACCAAAAUGAAGAAAAAGAAGGUCGUGGCGACUAAAAAGAAGGUCCCAAAGACCAAUCUGGGGGGAAAGAAGAAAAAGAAAAAUAUUCGCCCCUCGUCAAAAUCCAAGUUGAAGAAGGCAAAGAAAGUGGCGUUGGCAGUUUUACGCAAAGGUAAAGGUAAAGGAGGUGGCGAUCGUCGUCGUCCAAAUUGCUUCAUCCUUUACUUCAUGGAAACUUGGAGGAACUUGAGAAAGGGUGGAAAGCCUGCAAACAUGUAUGACGUGGCGGUGCAAUGUGGAAAGAACUGGUGGAAACUUCCGGAAGAUGUCAAGGAGAAGUAUCGACAAAAAUAUUGCGCCAGUGUCAAGAGGUCGACAGUUUGUAAGAAGGGUGGUGGUGGCAAAGGAGCUGGACCCUCCAGGCCAACGUCGGGAACUAAGAAGCCGACCUCGGGAACUAAAAAGCCGACCUCGGGAACUAAGAAGCCGACCUCGGGAACUAAAAAGCCGACCUCGGGAACUAAAAAGCCGACCUCGGGAACUAAAAAGCCGACCUCGGGAACUAAAAAGCCGACCUCGGGAACUAAGAAGCCGACCUCGGGAACUAAAAAGCCGACCUCGGGGACCAAGAAGCCUACUGCAGGACCCUCUCGACCAAAGGACAAGAAGGCAAAGGACAAGAAGCCGAAAGAUAAGAAGUCGAACGACAAAAAGCCAAAGGACAAAAAGCCUAAUGACAAGAAGCCAAAGGUCAAGAAGCUUGACGACAAGAAGCCUGACGACAAGAAGCCCGGUGGAUCUGGACCUGCCCCUCCUUGCUAGUCAAGCUAUUCCAAGUUCCUUCCCAUUCUCAAGAACAAUCUUCUCAUAAUUUCGUCUUACACAAACCAUUAUCUUAACCACAAAACCACUUAAUACGAAUCAAUAGCCACUUAAUGAUGCAAAAACAGCCAAAUUAAUGUCGCACAUUGAUGAAAUUUGUAUAAUCAAAUGCAAUUUGUAGUAAAUAAAUCCA